CACCAACCCACAUCCCUCCACGAUGGCACGCAAGCUCAUGUACCCACGGAUCCUCGCAGUGCUCGCACUCGUCAUGGCGACGGCGUGGACGCCGUGCUCCGCGGACACGACGGUGCCAACGAUGUCCCCAGCAGCGGCAAGGGGAGACAACGCACCCGUCCGAGCUGCUGCAAGUGCGCCGGUAAGUUCAACAGUCGCCGUACCUGCAGCCGGUGCAGCGACAACGCAAGCCACGGCCAUGACGUCCAACAAGAUCCCGUUGGCGCCACCAGACGUGGUCGAGCCGGCAGCGGAGGUGGUGUCGGCGCUGCCGGUGCCGGUCCCCGAGACUCUUCCCAGCGCAGAAGGCCUUGGCUUCGGCAGCAGCGGGUUCAACGGUGGCCAGGGCGGCUUCGGAUGCUGCGGAGGUUUCGGGUACAACGGUGGGCUCGGCUACAAUAACGGACCGUUGUUCUUCAACUCGGCGCCGGCGAGAAGAUUGAGCCUGACGAGCAUGGCGACCGGAAAUGGCCUCGCGGCUCUGCUGGUUGCUGGUGCUGCGGCGAUGUUUUAUGUGUGAUUUGUACUGUACUAGUUUUUAUUAUUUUUUGGGGAAGGGGCAUGCAUCAACUGACAUGUAUCACAGGCAGUUAAUACUCCAAAUUUAAAGUAAGAUCAUAAUAAUAUACCAUACGACGUACUACAACAUUGAGUAUAA